GGGUUGCAUUCGUAUGGGACAGUCGGGUUCUUUUGGCGUUCUGCAAGCCAUGAAAUUAAUUAAUGUCGCUGCUAAUUUCAGGGCUAAGCCUCCAUCCCCAUUUGUGGCUUUAUGCUCUUUCACUCACUUCUUUCAAUCUUUGACUGACUCUCAAACCAAACUUAAAAUGGUCUAAGAGAAGUUGAAAAGUUUGGAGUGAAGAGUUGUAGAAACAUGAUGGUUGGGUAUUUUAUGCGAAGAAUGACAGCGUCAUGGCAGAACAAGGCACUAAGACAGAGAAGCUCAUUUACAACCAUGGCCCAUAAUAGUAUCCUCAAGGACAACCAUGGCUGCCAAAUUCUUAUGUCCCCACCUCUUGUCUCCUUGGACUCCCCUGACGUUUGGGCUCCCAACAAUGAUACCUAUUUCCAAUUUCCAUCGAAUCGAAAUUUCUCCAAUGAGCAGGCUGCUGCAGUAAUUAAUGGCCAGUUGAUGGCAGAUGAAAUCAGGUCAAAAAUUGCUUGUGAGGUAAGGAGGAUGGAAGAUUCCAUUGGAAAUGUUCCUGGCUUGGCUGUAAUUAUGGUGGGAGAAAGAAGGGACUCGCAAACAUAUGUUCGCAACAAGAUUCUUGCUUGUGAGGAAGUAGGAAUGGUGUCAACAGUAACUGCGCUCCCAAAUGAUUGCACAGAAGAUGAAUUACUAAAUGCUGUGGCGAGUUUUAAUGUUGAUCCAUCUUUUCAUGGUAUCCUUGUGCAGCUUCCUCUGCCUCAGCAUUUGGAUGUCAGAAAAAUUUCAGAUGUGCUGAGCCUGGAAAAAGAUGUAGACGGUUUCCAUCCAAUCAACAUAGGAAAUAUUGCCAUGAGAGGGAGGGAGCCAUUGUUCAUUUCCUGUACUCCAAAGGGUUGCAUCGAGCUGUUAAUCAGAUCUGGCAUUGAAAUGAUGGGGAAGAAAGCUGUUGUGAUAGGAAGAAGUAACAUCGUUGGAUUGCCUGCAUCAUUGCUGUUGCAGAGACACCACGCCACAGUUAGCGUUGUCCAUGCAUUCACAGAAAACCCAGAACACAUCACGCGUGAAGCUGACAUUUUAAUAACCGCCGUGGGAAUGCCUAACUUGGUGCGUGGAAAUUGGGUAAAGCCUGGUGCUGUUGUUAUAGAUGUGGGAACUAAUCCAAUAGAGGAUGCCAGCUGCGAGUGUGGUUACCGUCUAUUGGGAGAUGUUUGUUAUGAAGAAGCAGCAAGGGUGGCAUCAGCCAUUACCCCGGUUCCUGGAGGAAUUGGACCUAUGACCAUUGCCAUGCUCCUUUGUAACACCCUUGGCGCUGCAAAACGAGCUUACAACUUCAUUUGAUUUGGGAUAUUUACGCAGCAGCACAUGAUCCAAUUUCUCACAGCAUUGGCCUCAACUUUAUGUUCUUAGAUGAUAUGGCAUUGCAGCCAACAAUGCUUAGAAGCUGGAAGUUGUUCAAGUGGUCAGUCAGUAUUAACUUGUAGGUCGUAGCCAUAGAAAACGCUGGCAAGAGUUCUCAGAGUUUAAAUGGUUUUAGUAUUUGUUUAAAAGAUCUGUAUUUCGAAGGGUGCUGUAGUCAAAAGGCAUUUUAUUUAUUUAUUGGCGAGGGGGUAUAAGAUUGCUCGGCAUAAUAAGCCUUGUUAAUGGAGAUUUUACGUUCUAGUUAAUUGAGAUAUAGACUUAAGAAUCGACUUUGCUGA